UUUCCUCUACCGCACCAAGGUCAUUCGUUUAAUUUUUUGUAUAAUUAUUUGUGCCUGUGUAUCUUAUGACACACUGUGUGUCUUAUACUGUGAGUUUUUCGUUUUACUCGUUUAAAAACAUUAUUAUUUGAUGGAAUGUUUAUUAAUUUCUUAACCAUACAACACGAAUCCUAGAAUCACCCUUUUGCACUGACCGUCCGAAUGUCAUAAUCACUUCAGUACAGGUAACUACAACUAAUAGGUAAAUAAAGAUUAAAAGAUAUAUAAAUUAACUUCAUAUAUAUAUAAACACAGGUAAAUAUUUUAAUGUUUCAGCCUAUACUGCGGUGAAAUAUUUGUGUUAAUUAUUGCUUAUUAUUAUGAUUAAAAGUUUUAGUCUUCAGGUAAAUGUAUUCAGUGCAAAGCAUUUGACUGUAAAGCAUGGUUGCCUGCUGGCUUAAAAUCUUGUACUACCAGUUUAAUAGGAUUGCUAUAUGUGCUGUUAACAAAAAACAUCAUAAUUGUAUGACACGUUACUUUAUACAUUUGAAAAGCAUGUACAGUAAGCAUUUCUAAUCGACCACCAAGCUUCACAAUAGUCAUUAACUGUCUUAUGUACACUGUAAGAAAAAAAAGUUACCUUGUAGGGUACAAUUACAUGCCACUGGGGUUGUACCCUCAAGAGUCUGCCAACUGUACCUUAUCUGUAGCUAAAUGUACCUUUUAGUCUAAUUUAGGGUACAUGAAUGGACCAUUGGAGGUAAUGUUUGUACUUUGGGGUACAAAACUGUACUAAGGCUGUAUCUUUUUUUCUAGCAGUGUAUUCAGGAAUUUCCAAUAAGUUACUAUGGGUGUUUUUCUGGUUUUUCAGGGUAGACUCAAAGACUUAUGCAUGGGCCAACCUGGGCUGUAUCCAAGUAGCCCAAGUUGUAGUGGGGGGCCCUAAUCUUUUUUGCGGUUGUCACGGCGGAAUUUUAUGCUGUAGGCAGGGCCCCAACACUGACUUUAGCCCAGGGGCCCCCACCCCCCUAAAUGCAUGAGAAAAUGGAGCAACAAAGAUCCUCAUGAAUAACGUAUAUAAAGAUGUGUAAUUGCCAGUUCCACAGAGAAGGUCAAUAUCCACAGGGAAGGUUAAUAUAACGGCACACGACUCUCUCAUCUUGCUGCCAUUUGGAUCACCAAAGUCACAUGGCUCCACGGUCAUUAAGAAUGAAACGAUAACAUAUAGUGUAGGAAGCAUAAGCACAAAAAAAAAUCACCAUAGUGAUAAGUCCAUGACUCCACCCACCUAGCCCUGUCCUCUGUUAUCGACUUCCUAUGACAGUAUCUCUCAACCCAGUAAUCCCCAUACCUCUCUAAACACAUCUAUGACAGGUAUUCGGAGUUCUGAUUGCUUGAUUGGUUCAGGUGUUAUCUUUAGUUCAGCAACCAGAAUGUCAGCUUUUUAAGUACAACUUCCUUCUGGUAAUUCUGAGCUUCGGAACUUUGUAGCUGGUCAAUCAAGACUAUUUCUAUUUUCAGGGACGUAUGGGGGGUAUUAUGGAGUGGCAUUCUGGAGGGAUUAUCUGCAGUGCAGCUCUCAUAUGAAGGGGUUUUAAUUAGAAACUGGAGAAAUAAAAGGACCACGAGGAGUCAAAAUAAACAGGGAGUCUAUACAAGCAGGGAGCAUAGGCAAAACAUACUCUGAUUCUUAAGGGGAACAAGCAGGAAAUAAAUCGCAAGAAAGUGGAAGCAAAAGCAGACUACAAAAACAGCAACUAACACAAACACACUCAGUGACCGACUGAAGACUGAAGCACGGACAGGCAUUUUAAAACAAAUCUGCAUUUUUAAAUCCUGGUAUAAUACUGGUCCUGCUGGCAGAAGGCUACACUGAGCAGGUUCAAAAUUUCUAAGACAGCAGUACACAAGAAUACGGUGAAGCAGGAGAUAUAAUAGACAGGGUUUAAGGGGUUAAGUUUUCUUCUUAUCACAGUCAUGUGAUUGGUUCUGGGAGCCAAGUAGCCCUGCCCUUCAGUCUGUGAGGUGAUUGGUGUAAGAGACAUUGGUAUGUGCUGUGAGAGUUGAGUUUUGGCAAGUAAAGAUUUUUCCAAAGUUGCAACGCGGUCCCGAGAGUUUUAUUCCCUUUAUAACAACCGGAAACAGGCAGGUAACGUUUGCGCGUUAUCCCUGUGUUGUCAGGGCAUUCCACCAAGUACUCAGUCCCCCCACAGCCCACAGUCCAAAAACAUGCUAAGAUGAACUAGAGUUACCAAAUUGUGAGUGUGUCCUGCAAUGGGAUUCGCCAACUUGCAACCCCAGAAAGGACAGGUCAAGUGCCUCAUUCUUUCACUCUUAAUUUGUACAUCCUCCUACGACAAAGACCAUGAUUCUAAGAAUGAUCAGGGCUAAAAAAAUCAUCCUUGCCAUAAUGUUCAUGAACGGUCUUGCAGUUUUUCUGUACUACUUUCUCAGAUCAAAGAGAGACGUUCCACUGGCGAUGGUGUCACAAGGCACUAUACUCGAACAGGCGGUUGCAAACCAGUUUGAACCUGAUCAGGACAACAACAUUGUUAGUACAGUCUCAGAAGCAUUUAGGCAAGCCUAUGCACAGAAAUCUUCAUAUUGGAGCAGACGUCAACAAGCUUUAUUGGAAAAGCUAGAUAAGAUGAAUAUGUCUAACAUGACGAAGUUCAACAAGCCUCGGUGCAAUCCUGCAACUUUUGAAAUGAUGCGUGCCAAUAUAGGAGAUUUUGACUCCUAUUCAGAAAUAUACAAGAAUUUCUUGAUAGGAAUGAAUUGCAGAGAUUCUCAAAUUGUGAUAGAUCAGCCAAACAAAUGCAAAAAUUUGAACGGGGAGGGGCGACCUUAUCUUCUAAUUGCCAUCAAGUCGGAGUCCGGCAAUUUUUUGCAGCGUCAGGCAAUACGAAACACAUGGGGUCGGCAGGGGUCAUAUGCAGAUUCAACUGUGCGUACCAUAUUCCUCCUGGGCACAAGCUCGACACAGGAGCCCAGUUUGCAGCGUCUGUUGGACUUCGAGGGAAAAUACUUUAGUGACCUGCUGCAAUGGGACUUUCAAGACACUUUCUACAACCGGUCCUUGAAAGAUGCCCUCUUCCUGGAGUGGAUCUUGACACACUGCCCACAUGUAACGUACAUCUUCAGUGGAGACGAUAAUAUCUUCAUUAACACAGCAGCUAUAAUCCGCUAUCUGCAUUCCUUAACACCUGAAAAGGCCGCCAAGCUGUACGCUGGUCACAUUAACAUCGAGUCAUAUCCAGUUCAUGACCCUCAGGAGAGAUAUUAUGUCCCUCAAAGCUUCUAUGAAGGCUCUUACCCGGCUUAUGCCACUGGUGCUGGCUCUCUGUUGUCAGGCUCCCUGGUAAAGCCCCUCAGCAGGAUGUCACUGUUCAUCCCUUUCUUCCCCUUCAAUGAUGUCUACAUAGGAAUCUGCUUGCAGGCACUUGGAGUCGAACCUGAGAUGCACACGGGCUUCGAGGUAGACAUGCAGGUCGAUGACAGCAAUCCUUGUUCGUACAAAGACCUCCUGUUAACAUGUAACCGGAAUCCACAGCAGAUACUCAAGAUGUGGAAAAACAUCAAUAGCCCUCUGCUCGUUUGUUAACGCCACAUUUUUAUUCGUCCUCACCAACCAACCUGUGUGACGUUUACCCAGCACUCCUGCAGCAGAUGGGGUAAAGGAACUAGCUUAAGGGCCCAAUGAACAAAACAAAAAAUUGUCUGAUAAUCAAAUGUAUAUAUUUAUACAGAAGUUGUCAUCACAAUGAAUCACCAAAAUCUUAACAAAAUGCAGAAAUUGUAUUACAAUAUUUUUUUAACAGUAUUUUAUGUGACUGUAGAACAUGAAGAAUCAAAUAGCUGUUAAAUGUUUUGGACCAGAUUUCCAUUUGUGUUUUUUUCAGUGUCAGUCUGUGUCAGGUUAAUAACGGAGUGCUAAAUUUGUGCGACCAUAGUCCACAAUAUGAGGUAUCAGAUGACAAGCUGUUAUAAUGAAUGUUAUGCUGAUGUUGAUAGUGGUUUAUGUGCUGGUUCAUAUUGGUUAUAGGCUAUUAUUAAAGCAUUUUAUUUAUAUUCUACAAUGUUUGUCGGGGGGGGGGAGGUGUUUGGGGACCAGUCACUUUGGACCUCCAGUGGUUUUUCUUUACAAGUUUUUGGUUAUACUCUUAUGUUGCUUUCUGUCAUUUUUUUCAUAUAAAUUUAACUAAUAAUGAAUUGCCACACACUCUUGUUAAGUGAAAGAUGGCACAAUCCUAAUUUACACUGUCCAAAUAUUAAGAUUUGAGUCUCAGUCAGGCAGGUGAUGGUGCUGUUGCUGCUUCUGAUGGCAGGACGAACAGUAGCACAGCAGCAGGGAAGGAAGGAGAGACGUCACAGGCAGAGGGGAGGGCAGGCCGGAAGGACGUCACAGGCAGAGGGGAGGGCAGGCCGGAAGGACGUCACAGGCAGAGGGGAGGGCAGGCCGGAAGGACGUCACAGGCAGCAUAUAAUAUUAUAUUCAUGUGGGUUUUUGUUUGUUAUAUAAAAAUAAACACACAAUAUACAUUCAUGAAGUUUCCAGAUUAUCAAAAUAUCCACUAUAUAGCUUCCAAGCACAUUCUGGUCAAGGUCGGUACAAAGCAGGGGAACAAUAACAAUUUUAGGCAUCAACAAUUUAGAGACCAGUUAGCCUAACUAUGUCUUUGGACUGUAGGACAGAUGUGUCAAGUAACGAGGUAUAAACGCUUGUUUGCUACACUAAAGAAGGUUUUUUUCAAGAUUAUUACUUGAGUAUUUCAAGUUGCUGCAACUUUUAAUUUCCAAAUAACGACUCUUUAUUCUGUUACAUUCAGAUACAUCUGCAUGACCAUCGUUACUCGCAUAAUAAAUAAAAAAAAUACUUAUUGCAUGCAAUGCCCCUGAGAAGGGCUGCAUGCUUCUGAAUAAAAUAUGAAUCUCAAUUUUUUCCACAAUUUUUUUGUCACGAUUCUUGAGCAAUUUCUUUAUUAUUAUUUUGCAUUACAUAUUGUCUUUUAUGACUUUAUCAAUAUUCAAGGUUGACAUGAGAACUAUACUACUGAAAAAAUGGUGAUGAUUCCAUUGAACAACAGGUUCAGCAAGUUUCACCACUUUUUCUUAAUAAAAGGAAAUUAUGCUGCUCAGUUUUCCUUAUUGAGCUGCACUGUAACUUACAGUGCUAUUGUCAUUCCUGUAUUGAAUGAAUUUGAAAGGACAUGGUGUUUUUUUGUAAGGUCAAGGGAUUUGAGUGAAUUGUAGUGUCUGGCAGACUGAGUCAUUGCAGUAACAGCAUGAAACGAGGAGGCUGACAUAAAGGGGAAAACAGCCCUUUUAUUAAGCCAUUAAAAGGACGGAUGCAGUGAUUAGAAAAGACCAAAUCAGUGCAACACAGUGCAUCACAUCUCAAAAAGUCCAUUAAAAGGUCCGUAUUGGUGAUUAGAAAAAUAUAACAAAUAUUUACAAUUACACAGGGGCUAUUUACAAUAUUCCCCACUCCAGCACUACAGUAUUGUGCUUUUUACAUAACUACUUUUAAAAUCAGUUACUUUUUUUUACUUUGACUUCCGUAGUAUUGUAUUGGACGACCUAUACUACUUGAGUAACAUUUUGGUCUGGUGCUUGUAUUUUUACUUCAGAGGCAGAACCAAUGGACAGGAGGCUUAGGCUCGCCCAAAACAUCCGUAAUCCCCGCCCCGCCCCGCCCCCCACCCCCCCCGCGAAAAUUCUACCAGCAAGACUCAUAGUCAACGUCAUCCAUCACUACUAACAAGUCAUUCAUGGAAGACUUGUAGUCACCUAUCACCCAUUCAUUCGUUACUACUAACCAACAGGAGGAUUCUCCUCUCUGACACUUACAUUACACCAACUUUGAUUCCCCUCCUUCACCGCGAUGUCAUUGAUUGGUCCUCGUCUCUUGCUCUUUGUCUGCCCUGUUUAUUGCACUGAUUGGUCCUCGUCUCUUGGUCUUGGUCUGCCCUGUUUAUUGCACUGAUUGGCCCUCGUCUCUUGGUCUGCCCUGUUUAUUGCACUGGCUGUCCUUGCCGUGGGAGAUUCUUUCAAGUUUGGUUUUGACAUUAUAGUUUAAGUGAUGCAAACCUUCAGAAGGAAGUAGCAGCUGGUUUCCAACCAACACAUUUGCGUAUUUUAAUCUCAUGAAAAUUCAGCUAUGGAAAUUUGCGUGUUUUCAUUGUAUGUGUUAUGCACCAUCGCAGGAAUUGUGAACAGCUGUGGGUUUGACCUUGUCUAGGGCAACUUUAACUGAAAUAUCAGAGAAAUAAAAACUGCAAAAAAUACCCUUUUUGAUGUGACUAAACCUGUUUGCAUCAACUAGUAUGCCUGUCAUUUUGUUAUAUGCUAAUCACCUGUUUCCUAUGAAUGAAUAUUUAAAUCUACUUACAAGAUUUGAUGCAAAGUUUAAUUGCUAUUUUGCAGUAACCAAGCUAGUGUUGUGGCAGCAUUGUGUGUUUGUUGUGAUGGGGUAUGUGUUUUUUGCACCUUAGGGUUAAAGUGUGCUUUUUAUCGUUCAUUACAGAUUCUGUCUCUGCGGGCCAUAUAGUUUGUAAAGGCUAGAGAUGGAUUGUGAUUUUAAAGUUGUGCCCGUUUGGAAAAAAAAAUUCUAGCUAUACCACUGUUGAGCACUUUUCCCACCACAGCCUCAGGGAUGUCCCUGUAAUUGCUUUCAGAAUGUCUUUGUGUGUACUUUUCAAACAAUAAAACUUUGGUAUGUA